CCCUUUGCUACCCCACCCCACCACUAUAUAAGCUAACAUUCGUUUGUAAAAUGAUAGGCACGAUCUUAUCAAUCCUCGUGACGAUAUUAAAAUUGUGUAUUGCCACCUCACCGAUAAUAUGCAUUGUCUUGAUAUUCGUGCUCAACAAAAAUAACGUCCCCGAUGAUAAGAACAAAAAACCAGACUUUUAUUUCGAGGUAGAUU